UUUACAUCACGUAACCAAUCCAGCCACGUCCAGAAUAAUCUGGAGGAGAUGAAUGGUGUAUAUAUACAAAACAGGACGCAGACAAACAGUUGAUAUUUUGAAUGUCAAAGUUAUCCCUUGAAGAUUAUUAUGGCGUUAGCUAACUUGAUACAGCAUAGUAGCCCUGCACACAGGGUGCACAGAUUGUCUUCGCAGCUGGAUCGCACUGACUGUUUGGACGAUGACUUUGAGGCGGUCGCUGAACGCUCACGGCUCAUGAAAUAUGAGAGAAAUCGGAGGGACAGUUUCAAAACCUGGCCGUCGUGGUGUUGUCAAAGGCCAGAGUGUUUGGCUAAAGCUGGGUUCUACUACACAGAGACCAGUGACAGAGUGCAGUGUCCAUUUUGUUUCGGUGUCCUCAAGAAAUGGGAGAGUUGGGAUGAACCAGUGUCUGAACACAGACGUCAUUUCCCCUAUUGUAAAUUCAUCCGAGGAGAGGAUGCUGGGAAUGUGCCAAUAGAAGACAAUACAGAACUAUUGCAGCAUGGGACGAUGCCUGCAAGUGCCAGAAGUGAAGCCCCAAGUACGGUUGACUUUAAAAAGGAAGCAAAUCGGUUGGCAUCAUUUUCCAGAUGGCCGCCAAAUUUGAAUCAGACUCCUGACGUUCUGGCUAGAGCAGGGUUCUACCACAUUCCGUGUGAGGAGAAACCAGACCGAGUGAAAUGUGCGUUUUGCCAGGGGAAAGUGUACAACUGGAACCCUGAAGACGACCCCUGGAUGGAGCACGCUAAGUGCUUCCCUUCCUGUCCCUAUAUAAAGCUGUGUGUGGGACAAGAUGUCACCGAGACUAUGCACCGAGAGCAUGGAGCUGUCGAGGAGAAAAACAAUGCAGAAUCUGGAAAAGAACCUGAAGAUAACAUGGCAAAACUCAUGCGCAGUGAGGCAGCUCAAGCUGUUCUCCAGAUGGGGUUUUCCCAAGAACUUGUUCAAGAGGUUUUGAAGAGGUACAGUAAAUCAGGCAAAGGACAUUGUUUCUCGGCACAAGAGUUGGCAAGUGAUGUUCUUGACAUGGAAAGUUCUCUUGAGACAACAAACACUAUUUACCCAACUUCUUCUUCCACUGAAAGGACAUAUGGCAGUGGAGCAGGGGCAUCUGACCCAGGCUCCAGAAAAACGUUUGUUCAACACUCAGCAACAAGCAAUCCUGCAUUUUUGGAAAAUAUCAGGGACGAGAACUCCCGAAUGAAGGACCGGUACCUGUGUAAAAUCUGCAUGGAGACCCCUGUGAGGGUGACCUUCAUGCCCUGUGGUCAUCUGGCGUGCUGUGGACCCUGCUCGAUGGCCGUGUCCAGUUGCCCCAUCUGUCGGACUCCCAUUACAGGUUGUGUACGGACUUACUUCUAGGAUUGUGGAGAAUGUCUUUGUGUCAAAGUUACACGGUUAAAGUAAAACCUAUACAGACACCCUCAUGGAAAUGAAUCUGGAGUAAAGGGGGUCAGUAAGGGUCCAUGAGAAAGUGAAGGGACAGAUAGAGUGUAUAUGAGAUACAUAGAAGGGGUUGGACGUGAGUGAGUGAGUGAGUUAAUAUUUAACGUCACAUCGGCAGUAUUUCAGCCAUAUCGUGACGAGAACUGUCAUUUAAUACAUAUAUUUGAAUGGAAUAAAUACCUGUCAUCGAAGGACAGUAAAAAUAACUAGAGUAUCACAGUUUUGAUUUUAAAACUAGUUGAGAACAUUAAAAAGAAUACAUUUUCAAUCAACAAUACAAUAUAAAAAUGGGCUAUAGAUCACCAACAAUCAAAGUUAGGCCACCUUACUGGGGACCGUGGGGACUUACAAUACUGGAUUGGCCGUGAUACUGUAUGUGAGAUAUACAAAUAACAUACACAAAUCAUAUAGAAUGAGCGUGGAUGUUUGAAGCAGGGAAAAACGGAGAGCGAUGGUUCAUGAAAGUACAUGAAAGUUUCAAGCAGAUGUACAUCAGAAAUGGAAUUUAAAUGCAUUUACGUUCGAAAUGAAGAUUUCAUGUUUGAUAGCUGUUAUUAUUUUUUGUUUACAUAUGUGUUUACAAUGCUGUUUUAUUUUACUUAAUAAAGAUAUUGUUAACGA